UCUCGAGCAGCUUCAGAUCGCCUGGUGGACACGCAGCGGAUGUGAUACCUCGCGCCUUUCACACUUUAUUUAAAGGGAACAAAAAAAAACAGAGGACUUUCGGUUUUCGGGUCUCGCCUUUUUCAACUUUUGCGCAAGAAGUUUCUCUGUCUUUUAUUUUUCCCUGUCUUGGUUGGCUACAGUUUUUGGUUUUUGGAGUGAAGAUGGGAGCCCAAUUGUCUAAGGGUGGAGCAGCCGAGGCUGAGAGCGCAGCCGCUAAAACCAACGGCCAGGAGAACGGCCAUGUCAAAACCAACGGCGAUGUGUCAGCCAAACCCGAGGGAGAAGCAGCGGUGGCCGACGGCAACGGAACCGCGGAGGCCGUGAAAGAGACGGCGGAGGCCGGGGACGCCAUCGAGGCUGCAGAGGCCGAAGGAACCAGCAACAAGGCAGCCGAGGGCGAGGCACCAAAGGAGAAAAAGAAGAAGAAGUUCUCCUUGAAGAACUCUUUCAAGUUUAAAGGCAUCUCACUGAAGAAGAACAAGAAGAGCACUGAGGAGCCAGCAGCGGAAGCGGUGGAGGCGGCAGCGCCGGAGGAGAAUGGCAGCGCCCCCAAGGAAACCAAAGAGGAGGAGCCGGCUGCCGAGACCAGCGAGACACCUGCUGAGGCUGAGGCAGAGGCAGAGGCAGCACCUGCUCCAGAGGCUGCAGAGGAGGAGCCUAAAGCAGAAGAGCCCGCCCCUGUGGCAGAAGCCACACCCACAGAGGAGAGCGCCAAAUCCGAGGAAGCUCCCGCUUCCACUCCCGCCGAGACCGAGGCCACGCCUGAGGCCACACCCGCUGAGCCCACACCAGCCUCGGAGUAACCUACUGCGACCGGACUGAUUUUUCCCCUCAUUCCUUCCUUUUUCUUUUUUUUUUUUGGUUUGUUUUCUUUUUGUUUUCUUUUUUUAAAGAUUGAAAUAUAUAAAAUAUAUAUAAGGACUUGAGCCACGUCAUUGAAGUUCCAUUAAAGGUUACAGCAGCGUCACUACAGAGAACGACAGGCCAACAAAACGAAAGAUAAAGAAAAACGUCACAGUUUCUCUCGUGCAUUCGCUCCUCCUCCGCUUGCGGACGUACGAAACGGGACUGCCGAGGAGGAAUGGAUUCUCCAAACAGAUCGGAAUAUUUUCCCCUCGCCGAAAAGUGUAUUGUAUGUAACAGUCUCAUAGCCCACGUUUUUUCCCGUCUUGGAUGCCGGUGGCAGGCGAGCAAAUCGACGAAUCGUCACUGACGGUUAAAGGACAAUGUGAAGCCUCUUGAAAUAGUGUGUGUAUGUUUUUAGAAGAUCUCCAUUCCUCCGUUUGUUUUUAACCCCUGAGAACAUGUGCAAGUAUUUAGAGCAGAGACUUUGGAGGGGUGGUUUAGGUUUAGGUUUAGCCUUGAUUCUGGCGUAGGGGUGUACAAAACCACUGCUUUAUCAGCUUCUUCUUUUUCGUUUGUCACCUGUAUAUAAUUUUUUUUUUUUGCUAACAUUUUUAAAUGUCAAUGGUUUUAUUGUAAGAUCAAGGGCAAAUAAAUGUCGGAUCUCCUCGUUCA